CUUUGGCGUCUCAGAGCCCUAACGCGACUGCGCCUCCCCGAGGCCUGUGCGGCUGACGCGAAAGACUACAUCUCCCAGAGGCCUCUGCGGCGCCGUGACCGGAAGCGGCGGGCGAAUCGAGUGUCCUUGCGCGGGGAGCCGAGCGACCAUGGUGGCCCGGGUGUGGUCGCUGAUGAGGUUCCUCAUCAAGGGCAGCGUGGCUGGGGGCGCCGUCUACCUAGUGUACGACCAGGAGCUGCUGGGACCCAGUGACAAGAGCCAGGCGGCCCUGCGGAAGGCCGGGGAGGUGGUUCCCCCGGCUGUGUACCAGUUCAGCCAGUACGUGUGUCAGCAGACAGGCCUGCAGCUACCCCAGCUCCCAGCCCCUCCAAAGAUUGAUUUUCCCAUCCGAGACACCUGGAAUUCAGGUGUCAUCAGGGUGAUGUCGGCUCUGUCGGUGGCACCCACCAAGGCCUGCGAGUACUCCAGGGAGGGCUGGGAAUACGUAAAGACGCGUGUCAAGUAGCAAGCAGCAGAGGCCUCUUGCCCCGGCCGGAACAGGCAGGGACGUCGCCGACCGGAAGAUUCCAGACCCCGGCCUCGCCGGCCCAAUAAAGGACUUCUGAAGUGUUC